ACACACACACGCACACACACGAGACUUGAUAUUUCAAGAAAGAAACAAGAGAAAUUAAGUUCAGGCAUGUGUAUUAUUCAGAGACACAAAAUUCUGAGAAGGCACAGGUUGGGAUAAUGGGAGCAACUAGGAAAGCUUCAUCUAUGGUGGGUGUUGAAUUCCAAGAACUGGAGAUGAGCAAAAAGCACUUUAUAAUUAAGGAACAGUUUAGGCCGGCGUGGUGAUACAUGUGAGUAAUCUCUGCACUUGGGAGGCUGAGGAGGAGGAUCAGGAGUUUAAGGUUGUCUUUGUGUACCCAGUGAGGCAGCUAUACGAGACACUAUUUCAAAAAACUGCAAGGAAAGGAAGGAACAGAAAGAGGGAGAGAGACAGACAAAAGGCUUGGACAGAUACCUGGAGGAGGAAGGGGGUGCUUGGUAAGGAGUCCACUUUAGCCAGCAUGUGAGGCAUGUUCAAAGAGAGGGAAGAGGAAAGCUGGCAGGUGGGGUCUGCGGUGUGGAAGGCCUUCCACCAGUCGGAGGGCCUUAGAUGGAUUGCGCAGGGUGUGGGGAAUAGAGGAAAAGAGACAAAUGCAGAAGGAGAGCUUGCUUGGAUGCCAACUCCUGCAGGGACAGGCCCAACCUGUCUCUGUCCCAUCACCCCGUGCAUGAACAGACCCAUGGCAGCCUCGCCUUGCAAGGGGAGAGUUGAGAAAUCAAAGAUAUACUGGGAACAGUCUAUGCCUCCCCCUCCCAGAGCCCCAGGGGUGGGCGACAUGAUCUGGGGCUGAGUCAGUGGGGUGGGAACCCCACUCGUCCUCAUAGCCACCUCCUUGCUAAUAUAAAGGGCCUCCAGUGAGGCCCCGCCUCACAGCACCCCAAACCUGACACCAUGAAGAUCCCAAUUCUUCCCGCUGUGGCUCUCCUCUCUCUUCUGGCAUUACAUGCGGCCCAGGGAGCUGCCCUGGGGGGCGCUGAGGAAGAUACGACCGUCAGUAACUAUGCUGCGGGAUCAGAGGGCUUUAACAACCAGUUCCUGAACCUUGACAAAUUGCAGUCUGCCUUUAAGUCUGAGAGCUUCUUGAACUGGCAAGCCAUCACUAAUAUGUUCAAAAAUGCGUUACCUUUCGUUAAUUGGGAAUACUUCUCUAAGAUAAAAGGACUAAGAAGUGUAGCUCCCGAUUCCCAGUGAUCACUCUCUUUAAGACCUAGGACCUAGGCUGACACCAGGAAGAGGAGCUAGCGUGGAAUCCCACAGCAAUUCUACAGCAAAUCUCCCCUGGCUCAGUACCUCCAAUAAAGUG